ACAAGCACAACAAACCCAUCCUUAUGCCGAUGGGUUUGUGUGCCAUAUAACUUAGUCCAUUUUUGCGUCUUUCUUCCUUAUUUCCACCGCUCUUCAGAUUUCAGGUUUGACAUAAUCUGAAACCAAUUUGUGCCCUUGGAAAAGUAUUUGCGAGGAAGGAUAGAUUGUUCUUCUGCUUAUAAAUUCAAUUUUGGAGGUGACAAUGUUUGGGCUUAGAAGAACACCUCCCAAGAUUGCUACACAAGACCCAGUUCGCCCAAGAUUUCAAGCUUCUCCCAGUUCUAACCCUUUUGAUUCAGAUACAGAACCAGUUAAUAAAGCAACCCAAAAGCCAGCUAGACGAACUACAUCAGAAUAUGCCCUCAAAGCACCUAAUUCUAAAGGAAACCCGUUUGAUGAUGAUGAAGAAGAUGACUGGGGAAGAGGGGCCUCCUCCUCAUCAUCACACUCCUCAUCUGCUGCAAAACACAGGUUUGGUAACCAUGGAGGCCUAGAGAACCAGAGUGUCCAGGAGUUGGAGAAUUAUGCGCUGAACAAGGCAGAGGAGACAACAAAAGGCGUGAGAAAUUGCCUCAAGAUAGGUGAGGACAUAAGAGAAGAAGCCACAAAGACCCUUGAGAUGUUGCACCAACAGGGUGAGCAAAUAACAAAGACUCAUAAUAUGAUAGUUGAUACAGAGAAGGAUUUGACUAAGGGUGAAAAACUAUUGAGCAGUCUUGGAGGGAUGUUCUCUAAGGCAUGGAAGCCGAAGAAGACUAGAAACAUUCAAGGCCCUGUCAUUAUAACACCAGGUAAUUUAUCCAAAAAAGGUGAGGAGAAUAUGGAUAAGAGGGAAAGGUUAGGCUUAGCUGCUCUGCCUCAACGAAAAUCAUCUUCAAAGACGCUUCCUGCUGAUGCAGCCAUUGCAUAUCAGAAAGUUGAUGUUGAGAAGGCAAAACAAGAUGAGGCACUUUCAGAUCUGAGCAAUGUUUUGGUCGAUUUGAAGAGUAUGGCGGUUGACAUGGGAACUGAAAUAGACAGGCAAAAUAAAGCUAUGGAUCAUCUCAAUUUGGAUGUGGACGAGAUGAACUGGCGAGUUAAGGGUGCCAACCAGCGUGCACGUAAAUUAAUUGGCUGACAAAGUAGAUUUGAUUAUACGUGUAAUAUUUUGAGAAUGUGUCAGAUGUGUAAUGUCUUUAAAAUGGGUUCUUGAAGAUGUAUUUAAUUUUCAUCCUAGCCCAACAGUACUCUAUCUAAUUAGACGACAAUAGAAUCUCUCUGGAUUUGAUACCAAGAAUAAAUAACUUU